AUGCAGAGGCCCUCCAACAUACGCCACGCCCGCAAGGACGAGCUCACCGCCAUGGCGCAGCUCUCAAUCAGCGCGUUCCGGGACAGCGGGCGGCAGGUGAACGCCGCGCUCUUCCCGGAACGCCUACGCGUGAACCCCGGCGACACGGAUGAGAUAGAAUUAUCGGUCAGGAACAUGGUUCGGACUUUCGACUACAAGAACCGCCACUACAUCGUGGCUGUGGACGAUCAGGACACCAUCAUGGGCUGGGCGGAGUGGAUAAGCGGUGAGGACCCCAUCGAGGAGUUGACGCCGGAGGAGCGUGAGAAGAAGAGAGCUGAAGGUGUCGGGCGGUUACCUGAGAGCUUCGACUUGCAGGCAGCCCAACAACUCGGACGGGAGGCUGAGGAGUUGUCGAAGAAGUUGAGAGAAGCGUUGGGUGAGGAGGGAUUUCAAAACUCCUGGAGCCUGAACUCGGUCGCCGUGGACCCGGCGCAUCAACGCAAGGGUGUGGGCAAGAUGCUGACUCGUUGGGGAAUGGAGCGAGCUGCGCACGAGAAGAAGGCCGUGCACUUCCUGUCAAGCCCGUCGGGCGCCCAACUGUAUCGUGCGAUGGGAUUUGAAGAAGUCGGAUCCGGUGAGAUAUUGGGUGGUGUUGAAUAUGCCUUCAUCAAGAGGGCCGAGUAA